CCCGGGGGCGGGGCGUCCAGAGUAAGUUCGCAGCCGGGUGGGGUCUCGCAGCCCAGCCGUCCAGCUCCGCCGCCGCAGCCGCCCGCCGCUCCGCCGCCUGCGCGCCUCCUGAAUACGGCAGCCGUUCAGCCCGACUGGGGAGCAACUCGGGGAGGCCAAGACCAAAGGACGCGGCUGUCUACAAGAUCCCCACCUCUUUCCUUCCGGUUUCCAGAAACAAGUUUUCCACCCUUUUGAAAGAAAGUGACGUUUGUUUUCUCAACCCUCUGACUUCCUUGUUGAUCUUUAAUCUUUCCUCUAAUUCCUUGAGAGGACUUUGGUCACAGCCACACCCUCAUCUUUAGCCCUUUGGCACGUUCCGGAGCCUGACCAUCCCCCUGUGUGGCUGGUGCUGCUGGUGAGAGGACACAGCCUGGGUGCUGAGGUCGCCAUGUCCACUAAGGUGCCCAUUUACCUGAAGCGCGGCAGCCGCCAGGGCAAGAAGGAGAAGCUGCGGGACCUGCUGUCCUCAGACAUGAUCAGCCCGCCGCUGGGCGACUUCCGCCACACCAUUCACAUCGGCAGCGGCGGCGGCAGCGACAUGUUCGGCGACAUCUCCUUCCUACAGGGCAAGUUCCACCUGCUGCCAGGGACGGUGGAACCGGGGCCCGAGGAGGACGGCACCUUCGAGCUCCCCUUCGAGUUCACCCGCACGGCCACGGUGUGCGGGCGGGAGCUCCCCGAGGGGCCGUCUCCUCUGCUCAAGAAUGCCAUCUCCCUCCCGGUCAUCGGGGGGCCCCAGGCCCUCAUCCUGCCCACCGCCCAGGCGCCACCCAAGCCCCCUCGCCUGCACCUGGAGACCCCCCAGGCCUCCCCACAGCCCUCCCCGCAGGAGGCAGGGAGUGUGGACAUCUGGAGGACUCCGGAGCCUGCCUCAGUCCACAAUGGGCUGACCCCCGAGUCGGGGGCCGAGGAGCCCUUCCUGUCCCAUGCCAGCUCCCUGCUCUCCCUGCACGUGGACCUGGGGCCUUCCAUCCUGGACGACGUCCUCCAGAUCAUGGACCAGGACCUGGCCCGCGUGCAGAUCCCCACAUAGGGCCCGUGGCCGGCCGGGCUGGACGUCCAGGCCGGGGUGACCGUCGGAGGCAGUGUGUGGACACAGCCCUGGCCUGGGAGUCAGGAUCCCAAGGUCCACCUGUGUGGUCACUGUCGGCUGUUUCUCAUGUUGAGCCUUGGUUGCCCUCCCUCCCAUCCUCACCCCAUGGGCAGAGGGCAGCUUAUUGCUUCUCCCUAAUAAUCCACCAAGGACACGUCCAGGAGGGGUCGGCCCUAAAGGCCCUGAGCAUCUCGGGACCCUGGACCACACUGCCAGCUGCUCCUCCUUCGCUCAGAUCCCUUGGGUGGAGGCUCUGCUGAAACGGCCUCCCCCUUUCCCCUCCUUUCUACUCCCAUCCUGACUGGGGGCUGAGGGGAGAGGCAGGACACAGCUAGCCCGGGUUCUUCGGCACUGGGCAGGUUGUUCCGGACCUUUGGCUUCCUGUCCUAGACCGUGGCUGUGGCACCAGUGUAGGGUGUCCUGCCUCGACCCCUUCCCACAUGUCUGGGGAUUCUAAUUGCAAUAAAACGUGCUGCUGGUGGUG